AUGCUCUUAUUCAUUUGUUUCCUGUUUUUUUCAACGACUUUGAGUGAAACGCCUGGUAAUCCUCGUGCAAGAUGCUUUCUUCCAGGAGAUUCCGGUGAUUGUGGUGCCAACAUCACCCACUUCUACUACAACAAAGAACGGCAAUUGUGUCUGAAAUUGUUCUACACUGGUUGUGGAGGAAAUGCGAACAAUUUCGAUGAAUUGCACGAUUGCAUCACUUUGUGCCAUGGAGCAGAAAUGACUCUGGGCAGUGAACCGCCAACAACUUUCCCUUCAACCAUCGAUGCAUCAACCAAUCCACCAAUGGAACUGUCGACCAAUUCAAGUGUUCAAACGACAUCAUCCUCACCGCAAACUACUGUAAAAAGCAAGAAA